ACAUAUAUGGAGACAUGAAGACGCACACACUUCUUUAUCCUCUCUCAUUCUCUGUCUACCCCACGUUUUUCAUCCCCCUCUAUGCUUUCCUUUCCUCAUUCGUUUCUCUCCUGUCUUUUCCAAAGGGUCUGAUGCUAAUGCUUAAUAGCCUGAACUGCUGCCAGUGCCAUCUAGCGGGAGAGAGGGGCGGUGCCUGUAUUAUUGUAUUUCUUUCUCCCUCGCACUCUCUUCUCACUCUCUCUUUACCUCCCCCUCUUCCUCUAUCGUUCAGCCUCUCUCUUCCUCAUUCUCCCUAACUCUAUCUUCACAGUCUGUCUGUGCACGAAGCUUCUCUCGGUAUAUUUACCAAAGGGUCGACCCUGAUGGUGAUAUUCACAACCGCCGCGCUCGGCAGAGUGGUUUAUAUGUUGCCGUCGCGGCCGUAAGCUUUUGUUUGUUUGUUUGUGGACCCACAGAAUAUACAGAAUCAAAAAAAAAAAAAAGGGGGUUACCCCUGCCAGCUACCGAGAGUUCGUACUGGAGGCUACCCGAGGAUUACUACUACUUCACACCUACUACUAAUAUUACUACUACUACUACAAUUACCACCAUUACCACCUCCAUCUCCAACAACGCCUCCACAAACGACAGUCAACAACACUGCCGCCACCAUCACCGCCACAACUACACCGCUGUUGCUGAUACUACUACUACCACCACCACCACCACUAUUACAACUACUACUACUACUACUACUACAACUACUACUACUACUACUGCUACUGCCGCUCCUGCUGCUAAUGCUGUUACUACCUCCACCAUUCAACACCACAACCACCACCAUCUACUACUACUACUACUACCACUACUGUCACCUCCACCACACCACCACUACCGUCAAGUGAACAAACACACUGCCACUGCGGACGUAGGAUUGUUUAUUUGUGGAUCUAAAAGCAUACAGAGCUGGGGAAAAAAAAGGGGGUUGCCCUAGCCAACCAGUGAGAGCGUAUAACAAGCAACCUACCUGAGGAUUUUACAAACUAUCUCUACUGCUACUACUAUUACGGUCAUUAUCCACCUUCAAUCACCAUCAUCAUCAUCAUCAUCAUCAUCAUCAUCACCACCACGCCAACAUUAACAAAUAGACAGUCAUAUCUACAUUAUCAACAACAAAAACAACAACCAUAACAACGAUAACAACAACAACAAUUACAAAAAUAACAAUUGUCACAACUGCUAUCACGGAUCGAACUUGCUGCUUCCAUUGCAGCCGUAAGAUUUUUCGUUUAUUUUUUUUGUUAUCAUUAUUAUUAUUAUUAUUAUUAUUAUUAUUAUUGUUGUUGUUGUUAUAAUUUCUACUUCCCUUUUGUUGUUUGUAAAAACCACACAGAAACGGGUCGUCUCUCACUUAAUCUCAUUCUCUCUCCGUCUCUCUGUGUGUCAGCCAUUUGUGGACCCAACUACAGUAAACAGAACUGAAAAAGUGGGGUUACCCACCUUGCCAGCUGUUGACAAGUACGCCGUGCAGUUUCUGUACCAUUACCUACCAAACACGACACGCUACCACCACGGCCGGAAAGUGUUGUGUUUUUAUUCUUGUUUAUUUUUUUUUCCUUCAAUAUUUUUUUCUAUUUUAUUGCUGCAAUUAAUGUUAAGCACCAUUACCAAAACUAUCUGUGGACCUUACAUAUACAGUCAAGAAAAUUAAAAGAAGGUUACCCCUGUUUUUGAAAGCGCGUAUUGGAGAUUACCAGAGGAUUUACACACACAUUCACAACAACCGAAUACGCGGCUGCUACAGCCGUAAGGUUUGUUUGUUUGUUUGUUUCAUUCAUUUGUUUGUGAACACUAACUUUUUCUAUAAGGUAGUCUCUGCUUCAGGCAGAGACUUAAGAAAUCGUACUGGAGGUUAGCCAAGGUUUACACCACCAACAGCCCAGCAUGCUGUCUGCAAAGACACCGUAUGAUGCUGUCAGCUCAAACAAUUACGCCAUGACUACAAUGCCCGGUAUGAACAGUAUGGGCAACGUAGGGUCAAUGAAUAUGUCAAGCAUGGCUUAUUCCCAUCAGCCGAUGUCCAACAUGACCAGUAUGAACCCGUCUCUUAGUGGGAUGAGUAUGAGCGGUAUGGGAAUGCAUGCAUCGAUGGGUGCAAUGAAUUCGAUGAACGGUAUGGGUGUCGGGUCGAUGACACCGGUCAACGGCGUAGGGGUAGGAUCUAUGGGAGUCGGUUCGAUGAACCCUGUCAACGGAGUUGGGGUCGGAUCAAUGCGAGGAGUUGAACUCAAUAUGAACAGCAUGAAUCGAGCCCAAGCGAUGCGAGCCCGUGACAAGACGUACCGACGCAGUUACACCCAUGCUAAACCCCCCUAUUCUUACAUCUCCCUCAUUACUAUGGCCAUCCAACAGUCCCCCCAGAAAAUGUCCACCCUCAGCGAGAUCUACCAGUUCAUCAUGGACCUCUUCCCGUUCUACAGACAGAACCAGCAGCGCUGGCAGAACUCGAUCCGGCAUAGCCUGUCAUUCAACGAUUGCUUUGUCAAAGUGCCUCGGACGCCCGAUCGUCCGGGAAAGGGCAGCUAUUGGACCCUACACCCCGAUUCGGGAAACAUGUUUGAGAAUGGGUGUUAUUUGAGGAGACAGAAACGAUUUAAAUGUCCUAAGAAGGAAGCCAUGAGACAGGCGGCACGAUCUGCAGCAGUGACCGGGGGUGGGUCGGCGGGUGGGUCGGGAGGAGGAUCUGGACCUAGUCAACAAGGUUCCCCCGACCCUUCUCUCAACGAUGACAGCCCCAUUUCCGACUCACCCGGUCGCCAGGGAGAUCUACAUGUUCAACCGAAAAUUCUUCUAAAGAGAGUUCAAGACAGUCGUUAA